AUAAACCGCUUACUCUAGGUAUACCAAAAGGAGAAGGGGACUUCUGGGCCCAGCAGUUAACUACCUGAAAUAUGUAUUAAAAAAACCGUUACAUUUUUUUAAAUAAAAUCACAAAAUAUGGUACCAGGAUUCUACCCAGGAAGAGAGAAAACUUAAAUUAAGAUAAUAAGACUAAAUAAUCGAUUAAAUAAUGCCUGAAAUGCCUGAAUUACUAGUAAUCUACUGUAUUUUUAUUCCGGCAACACUUGUUGGUGGCAUGCGUCUGUCACUGACUGACAGAUGCACUCGUUUGUUUUCUUUCAUUCUGAGUGCGCACAUAUUUUCCUGGUUUUACUAUUUAAACCCACGACCUUGGCUUUUCGACGGAUCUUGCUACUCUGAAUUACCUGGCUCUCGAUUUUGGACAACUGUUACGCCUAUCGAUUGGAUAUCGACGACAUGGAUCGCUGUAUGAAUUGUACGAUUGCGCUUGGUCGCAGUAAUUCUAUUGGAAGAAAAGUCUUGGAGGAUGAGGCGAUUUUAACAGUUAUUCGUCAGUGGCGUGCAUCUCAGCCUGUAACCAGUGAGAACGUUGUAUGCCAAGCAUGUUGGGACUUGGCCCAAGAUGUGGUUCUUGGAAGACGUGCGAUUGAUGCACCAACCCAAGUUGGCCAUUCAAGCGUAUGUCUCCGCUGUGGUCGUUCACUCUUAGCCCGGCGGUUCAACCACCUUCUUCGUAAUGAUUCUGCUCGUGAAUCUGCGAUAUAUAAUGUGAUUAGAGAGUGGAUUCUACCACAAACGGUGGACGAGGCAAGUCGUAUAUGCCAUUCCUGUUGGAUAUUAGCAGACAGAGCUGCUGUUCAUAUGAGUACAGGUCCUUCGACUUCCUCACAAAGUAACCCACCGCCAGCCCAAUCAUCAGUUGGUGUUUCUGUUGGACAAUUGGAUGAAAAUCAUGACAACAUUCUACACGAACCUGAGAAUGUUUCCAUUCAACCAGAACAAAACCAAGGUAAUGAUGAUGUGCAUGAACCCUCAGUGGAACUACAUUCACCAAGUGCCCCAAUUGUGGAACCAGUACAACAGCACCCUGAACCAACAAUUGUAUUGCCAGAUUAUAUGCGGGCAGUUGAAACAGAGCGACGGUGCUUCAUAGAAGGUUGCCAGAGAACUGAACGAUAUAGAGUUCCUCUAGCAACGAGAAAAAUGUUGCUUAAUGAGCAUAAAUAUUAUGUACCACAAAAUAAUCGACUUUGUGAUAUACAUUUAGUAAUUGAGGCAUGGGACUUCCUUGAUAGUUUAAGGAGUAAUUAUUUACAAACAUUUACUGCAAGACAUAUCCAAGAUAUGUUUACACUAAAAGAAACCCCAAAAGAAAGGUUUUGAAUUUUGAAAAUAUUGAUAAUAUGGACGACCAUGUUGUGCAUACCUGGAUCGGGUUUACUAAAGUUCAGUUCCGUCAAUUAUUUGAUGAGGUUCCACAAUUGAUAGAAAUUCGUAAUAGUUCUUCAGUUUUAGCAGCCUAUCUUAUCAAAUUAAGAAGUGGGGACUCAAAUGAAAGAUUAGCAACAUUAUUUAAAACAUCUAAGAAAACUUUAGCCAAGUGGCUGUGUCAAGCCCGUGACAUAUUAACUGAACAUUUUGUGCCUCGGCACUUAGGUUUAGAACACAUCACUAGAGAACAAAUAAAAGAAAGGAACUUAGCCAUUCCUAGUGCUUUAUUUGAAGGAGAUUCUAGGCCCAUCGCUAUAUUUGAUGGAACUUACUGUUAUAUUGAAAAAGCUCUAAUUAUUUAUAUCAAAAAAAAACAUACAGUUUGCAUAAAUAUAGGAACUUAACCAAACCUUUUUUAAUGGUGUGCACAGAUGGUUACAUCAUUGAUGUUUUGGGCCCCUAUCCAGCUACCACGUCAGACUCAGAUAUAAUGAGACAUGAAUUUUUAAGUGGAAACCCACUCCAGGAUUUUUUCCAAAAUGGUGAUGUAUUUAUACUGGAUAGGGGUUUCCGAGAUUCAUUACCUUUGUUAAACCAAUGUGGAUAUAGGACAUACGUGCCUGCUACUUUGGCGCAGGGUGAAACACAGCUGUCAACACUUGACGCAAACAAAUCGAGGGCAGUCACCAUUUGCCGUUGGGUCGUUGAGAUUGUGAACGGUAGGUUUAAAAGAGAUUUCAAAUUAUUCAGGCAAUGUUAUUUUAAUACAGCCUCAAGAAGUUUAAUAAGAGAUUUUAAGGUGGCUGCUGCUCUCAUAAAUAGGUUUCACCCUCCCAUAACCGAUAGAAUAGACUGUGGGGCUAUCAUUAAUCAGAUUAAUUUAAAUAUGAAUAGACAUAACAUAUUAGGUGAUUUUAUUGUUAACAACCAAUAUAAUAGACGUAGGGCUGAUUUUGAAACAAUAACUAUUCAUAAUGAUAAUUUAAAUGAUUUUCCCCAGUUGUCAUAUGAUGAAUUAAUUCUUGUAUGCUUAGGUACAUAUCAAUUAAAGCAGGCACGGUCCUAUUUUGGUGAACAUUUGCGGGGAAAUGAUGGGUUUAUAAUAGAAGUGUGCAGGGAGGUAAGCAGCAGCCUUCUUCGACAGCUGUCAGCUUCAAAUACUUCUUGGUUAUUGCGAGGCCGAAUACAAUCCCGCCAUAUAAGUCGCAAAACAUAUUUUGUUUAUAUUUUAGUUGAUAGCUGUCGAAGAGGACGAGAUUCAAUAUUAUCAUAUUAUUGUAAUUGUAUUGUAGGUAGAAGAACUGUAGGCUGCUGUGCCCAUGUAAUGUGCAUUAUAUGGUAUCUCAGUUGGGCAAGAUUCCAAGAAAAUAUCGUACCCCCUGCACAAUUUUUAGAUGACAUUCUAAUAAUAAUUGAAGAUGAAUGAUAAUACAUGUUUAAUUAUUAAGUA